AUGUUGACCAUUCGUUUCGCUCUCGUGGCCCUCCUGACCAUCUUCGGGGAUGUGCAGGCGGUGCCACAGACACGUGGAAGGAAAGGAGGCAAUCGUAAUGGCGGCGGCGCGACCCAGCAGACGCCUCAGCAGCAGGCGGCCGCCAUCCCUCAGGGUAUUUCCCAAGCGACAGAUGGCUCUACAAUCCUGGACAUGACUGCAACAGUCAAUGGCCUUGACCUCCGGUUCAAGAUCUCCGCUCCGGCAGACCAGUUCACGACCGCAUCCGGCGUCCAGGGAGCCACCCAACAGCCCGGUGCUCAAGGAGCAAAUGGCAUCAACGUCCUCCUCCACGGAGACGGUGGCCAGUCUUUCUUCGAUUUCCCUAACCAAGCCGUCCAGCAAGGACUCAUGGGAGUCGUCGUCCUCGCUCCCUCUGAGCAACUCCUUUGGGGCCAGUCCCAGGGCCAGCCUCAGGGCCUGUCGCGUGUGGACGGCGUCGCCCACUCCCAGGCCGUCAACGACCUCAUGCAGCAGGUGCUCCCGCAGAUGGUGGCGUUCAACUCCUCCAAUGUCUUCAUGACAGGCGUGUCCGGCGGCUCCCUCACCCUCUCCGGCUUCUUCGUCCCCGCGCACAUGGCCAACUUCGCCGGCACAGGUGUGCUCCUGAUGUGCGGCGCGCUCCCGCCCCAGGUUGACUUCAACAACUCGGCUGCCGUCGCCGGAACCACCAAGAUCCACUUCCAGAGCACACAGCAGGAGCUCACCACCCUGCAGGAUGCCAUCCCCCAGGCCAUUACUGCCUAUGAGCAGCUGGCCACCGGCGCCGGCCUCAACGCCCAGCAGGUCGGCGCGCUGCAGACUGUUGACAAUACCCCCAACGGCGGCCACUGUGAGUUCGACGAGCAAGGUUUCUCCAGCGGCAUCCAGCUGGUCUCCAACAACUUCGCGAGCAUCAUGCAGGGCGGCGACGGCGCCGUACAGGGCAUCAACACGCAGACUGUUCUCAAGUCCGUGGUGGGUAAUGAGAAUGUGAAGUUUGCUGCCGCCAACGGCAACAACAAGAGGCAAAACCCGUACUGGAUCGGGGCUUAG